CCACUUAUGGCGGGUUGGCAAAACUAUCUUUUUAAAAUUUAAUUUAUUUAUUUUUUUCUAAAUUUUCCUCCCCUCUCCCCUUCCUCAGCCAACCCCUUACGCCAAUAAAUUCUCCAAGAAACCCUACCUUCCGUCCUCCGCCUUUCUUCCUUUUCAGUUUCCCUUGUAUCUUCUGCCACGAUGUCAAGUGUGGAAGAGCCGCUUGGUCUUGACAAGUUGCCGAGCCUGAGUACCAUUGAUCCCCAGGGGUUCUCCUGUCCUGAUUGCAGGUCCGGAGCAGAGGAUAUGGGGAUGGGAAGCUGCUGGAUUGAAGGGGGAAAUCGCAGCUCAUCCAAUAAUUCCAACAUGAAGAUGAUUACUUAUCUGAACGAUUGGAUAAUUGAUUCUGGAGCUUCUGUACAUAUAUGUGGCAAUAUAAGAGCAUUCAACUACUUUACUCCAAUAGAAGAAGGUGAGCAUCGAAUGGUAUUGGUGGGAGAUUUGAGGCCAUUGCCUGUGAUUGGUAAAGGGCAAGUCGUUCUUAAACUUGCCUCAAACAACAUCCUUGUCCUGAAUGAUGUUCUUUAUGUUCCAAACAUAAGUCUCAAUCUAAUAUCAGUUUCAUCAUUAGGAAAAACAGGUAUUAGGGUUUUGUUCGAUUUUGACAAAUUUUUUCUCAUAAAAAAUAACAUUUUUAUUGGAAAAGGGUAUUGUUACAAGGGUGUUUAUCGAUUAGAGUGAAAUAUUUAAUAAUAAUGUACCUAGGAUUUAAUAAUAACGUACCUAGGGUUUGAGUUUUUUAGGGAAAGAUGAUUGUAAUUAGGGCCUUUUUUCGUAUUGGAUAUUUAUGUUAAAAAAAAGACAAUAAUAAUAUAUUAUCUUCUUAUUUGAUUGAA